AUGAUAUGUCAGUAUUUUCUUGCUUAUUUUCUUCUUUAUUUUCUUGCUUAUUUUCUUCUUCAUUAUCUAAUUCUUCCAUUGGUCUUUUGCCAUAUUUAUCAAUUAUUUUUGUUUCUUCAAGAGGUUCCUCUUCUUGGAUAUUUUUUGUUUGUUGCUCCUCUUCCUCUUCUUCUUUCUUUUCUCGAUUUUCUUCUUCUUUUUCUUCACCUUCUUCUUCACUUUCUUCCUUAUCUUCAUUUUUUUCUUCCUUAUCUUCUCGAUUUUCUUCCCGAUCUUGUUCACUCUUCUUGUUUUUACUUUUUAAAUUUUUUCCUCUUUUAGUUUUUCCUUCAUAAACUGAUAAUUCUUUUGAUUUCUCCAACAUCUUUGAUUUACCUUUUACUAAUUCCUUCUCAUCUUUUUCCUCCUUUUUAUCAACUUCUUCUUCUUUUUUCUUUACUUCUUCAAUUUUCAUUAUUUCCUCUUCUUCUAAUC